AUGAAGUGGCUAUCUCUCACCUUCGCGCUCGUCGCGCCUACUCAGGCUGCGCUCCGCUUCGGAUGCUCAACUCUUAGCAUCCAGCGUCUCGAUCCUCUUGUUCAGCCUGGUCAAGUUCCUUCAACCCAUGUUCAUCAGAUCGUUGGUGGAAAUGCCUUCAAUGUGACGAUGACUGGUGAUAUUGGUGAGCAGGGUAGCUGCACGACGUGUACCUUCUCGGAGGAUUUUUCCAACUACUGGACCGCCGUUAUGUACUUCAAACAUCCCACAAAUGGCACCUACAAGCGCGUUCCGAUCAUGCAGAAUGCUGCGCUUCCUAACGGUAUUAAUGGUGGAAUGACGAUCUACUAUACCCAGCAGGACUUCAACUCAAACGGGAAUCAAAAGAUUACGUCUUUUAAGCCAGGUUUCCGCAUGACGGUGGGCAGCCCGACAACCAACACUUUGGACGAGGCGAAGGGACAUAUUGGCCUGCGUUUUGUCUGCUUGGACACAAAGUCGACAAGAUUUCCUGAGCUUCCUGACUUUCCCACAUGCUGGGACGGCAAGAAUCUUGACAGCCCUGACCACCAGUCUCACAUGUACAACACGGCCAAGGAGGCAUUCCAGCCCGCAGGCCCUUGCCCAGCGUCGCAUCCCGUCCGGAUGCCACAGGUGGCCUACGAGACUCUGUGGGACACAACUCAGUUCAACAACAUGUGGCCAGCCAACGGCAAGAACCCUUUCGUCCUGAGCUACGGUGACCAGAACGGCUACGGCACUCACGCAGAUUACGUUUUUGGCUGGAAGGGAGACUCUCUUCAGCGAGCAAUGGACUCUAGCUGCAUGUUCCAGGCCUGCGAAAAUGGGCAGCCGCUCAAGUCUCAGAGCGUGGCGCAGAUGAAUAAGUGUGCAGUCAAGAGCUACGUUAAGGAGGAUAUCGAUGGCUGGCUUACUGAGCUCCCCGGUAUGAAAGCCGGUAUGCCCAUGAAGGUAUGA